AUUCGAUUCUAUAACAGUUGGCUACUUGUCAUCUAAGUUUGAAUUUCGCCCGUUGUACGCUAAAACCACGAACUCUGCAAUAAACCCUAGUAUCCCAAGCGAGGAACUCUGUUCGUUUUCUAUUUUAUCCAUCGGAAUCAUCUAUUGUCUUGAUGAUGGAAUUGGAAGAUCACAUAGAACGAAUUCUAUGGACUGAGCAACAGAUAUCUGAAAGAGUUUCAGAGCUUGCUUCUCAGAUCUCCGACGAUUUCAAUGGUUCCUCUUCUUCUUUUGCUGUCGUCGGCGUUGCCACGGGAGCUUUUAUUUUCUUGGCUGAUAUAGUGAGGAAGAUUAAAUUGCCUGUUUCGGUUGAUUUGUUACGAGUAGAAUCGUAUGGGUUUGGAACAGAAUCGAACGGCGCUCCAAGGAUCUCCAGCGAUGUUAAGAUUGAUAUCAAGGGAAAGCAUGUACUUCUGGUGGAGGACAUUGUAGACACAGGAAACACUUUAACCUGUGUCAUUUCACACUUGGCAUCAAAAGGAGCAUCGUCUGUAUCAGUAUGCUCUUUCCUUGACAAGCCAGCAAGACGCAAGGUCCGUAUUGAACUUGUGGGCGAAGGAAAGUUCUAUCGGGGUUUUGAGUGUCCAGAUGAUUUUGUUGUCGGUUAUGGUAUGGACUAUGCUGAACUAUAUAGGAACUUGCCUUAUGUUGGAAUCUUGAAGCCUGAACUACACAAGUGAUCAGAUCUGUCAGGCAGCAACAG